AUGGGUAAAAAAGUAAUUCACAGCAGGAACAUUGCGUCUUUAUUAAAGUACCAGUAUGAUGUUGACGUUGUAUUUGGAAUAGUUGGUAUCCCGGUGGUAGAAUUUGCUCAAGAACUACAGAGUGUUGGUAUCAGGUUUAUUGGGUUUAGAAAUGAGCAGGCUGCUUCAUACGCUGCUUCUGCAUAUGGCUAUUUGACUGGAAAGCCUGGUGUGUUAUUGGUUGUAGGUGGUCCUGGUGUGAUACAUGCCCUGGCUGGUGUCUACAACUCUAUGAACAAUAGAUGGCCACUGUUAAUAAUUGCAGGAAGUGUUCCAAGAGAUGAGAAAUAUCAAGGUGGCUUUCAAGAAUUGGAUCAAGUAUCACUAUUAAAGCCGUAUCUAAAAUUUGCAGGCGAACUGACAGGUACUAAGAAAGAUGCCAACAUUGUAUUCAACGCAUGGAACAGUGCAACCCAAGGAACACCAGGUGUAUCGUAUAUCGACUUUCCUGGGGACCUUAUCACUGAUGUAGUUGAAGCGAUAGAAUUUUAUAAACAUGAAACUAAACGUAUUACAACAGGACCUGAUCCUCGUUCCAUUGCUGAAGUUACCUCAUUAAUCAAAGAACACCAGGACAAGAACAUCCUUGUCGUAUUAGGUAAAGGCUGCAUCAACUCAUCAUUAGCUUUACGUCAUUUUAUCGAGGAAUUCAACUUUCCAUUCUUACCAACUCCAAUGGCUAAGGGCAUCCUUCCUGACAGCCAUAGAUUAAAUGUUUCAGCUGCUAGAUCACAAGCAUUAAAAUCGGCAGAUUUGGUUUUAGUAUUUGGUGCAAGGUUGAACUGGAUUCUACACUAUGCGUCACCUCCAAAAUGGAAUUCGAAUGCUAAAUUUGUUCAAGUCGAUAUUGAGCCGCUAACGCUAGGUGUUAAUAACCCUAAUGGAACAUCAUAUUGCAUUUGGGGUGAUAUACAACUCACGAUUGAAAAUUUAAGAGACACUUUGCACAAAUUGGAUUUUGUGAAACACAAAGGGCUUACCAAAGAGUUGAAAGAAAAAAUUGAAAGUAAUAAACAUAACUUAAGAGUAAGACUAAAUCCAGAAAAUUAUUAUGGAGCCAAAAUGCUGAACUACUACUCUGUUUAUAGCAUGUUGAAAAAUUUGAUUGAUGAUAGAUCAAGCUUUAUAGUAUCCGAAGGUGCAAAUACUAUGGAUAUUGCUCGAAUUUCUUUCGAAACAGAUUUCCCAAAGAGAAGGUUAGAUGCUGGAACUAAUGCAACAAUGGGUGUUGGACUCGGAUAUGCGAUCGCAGCAAAAGUACAUUCUCCAGAAUUAAACAUCGUCACGAUACAAGGUGAUUCCGCAUUCGGAUUUUCAGGUAUGGAAAUAGAGACUGCUGUUAGAUAUCGCCUUGGCAUUAUAUUCAUAAUCAUGAAUAACAGUGGUAUAUAUCACGGCUCUGACCCAAGCACAAUCACCAACGAGACUCAACUACCCCCUACAAUGCUUUCUGAGAAAUGUAGAUAUGAUUUAGUGGCUAGAGGUCUUGGUGCAAAGGGAUACUUGGUGAAAAACUUACAAGAACUUGAAUAUUAUUACAAGAAAGCAUUGGUUCAUACCCGGGAAAGAAUACCAUGUCUAUUGAAUGUGAUCAUCGAACCGGGCCAAAAUAAAAAGAUAUCAUUCGGGUGGCAGAAGUCGAAGCUAUAA